AUGGGCAUUGCAGCUUUCCUUUGCCUGGUGGCACUGGUCUCGGAGGCCGCAGCUGGUGGCUGGAGACACACACAGGGAAGAGGCCAGGCCAAAGAGUUUGUGUACGUCUAUGACCUGCCAGAAAAGUUCAACAAGGACAUCAAGGAAUUACCCACCAUCUGGCAUCCGGAGCAGUAUGACAUUGAUCAGGUGCUGCACAAGCACCUGACACACAGCGAGGUCAACACAAAAGAUCCAAGCGUGGCCAAGGUAUUCUAUAUCCCAGUGUACCUGGGCCGCUACUUCAAUGCGCAGUGGCAGCGCUUCAGUGAUCCCAGCGAUGCCUGGCUCAUCAAUAAGGAGUGCCACGGCCUCGACUCUGUCGACUGCUGGGCUGAGAAGUGGAAAGUGGCCGAGAAUGCCACUUCGGAUCUGGUGAGGAGUGCAAUUGCGCAUGUGAAGGAGAACUACCCGUACUGGAACGCCUCAAACGGGGCGGACCACUUCAUGGUGUUCAGCUACGACCACGGCAAGUGCGAGAUGGCCAAGGCGCUGCGAUUUGAGGAGUUUGGGGAAAUGUUCUCCAUCCAGGCCUACGGCAGCCUGGUCUACAGGUCGAAUGCCAAGGUGCAAGCGGUGGACAGGGGGGACUCAUACAGCUGGUCAGGCCCCUCAACGUGGGCCUGCUACCGGCCGGACGCGGAUGUCCUAGUACCAGUCUUCUCCCCAUAUGGCCACAACACCAUCCUGUCGCCCUUUGCGGUCGAGCGCAACAUCUCCCUGCUCAUGCGCUUUGACUACCCUUUGAAUGACGGCAAGUCCCUGGUGGCGCACCACGGGCACCGGCUGCGAAAGGAGCUGAUCGACUACUGGCAGGAGCAGCCGCUGAACGGCUCCGACCUGGGCUUGCGCAGCACCAAGGCACGCCCCAUUCCUGCUGCCAGGAACACCCAGGACAGCGCGCGAGUGUGGCGAGCCAUCACCUUUGGCUGCAUCCCGGUCACAUUUUUCCGCGCCUUCGACCUGCCCUUCCAGCGCCACAUGGGCAUGCCCUACGCCGAUUUCGUGCUCAACAUCCAGCCGGAUGACUACCGCCAGCUCAACGCGCGCAUCCAGGCCCUCCUCGACAACCCCUCCCAGCUGCGCCGCAUGCAGGAAGCAUUGGAGCGGCAUCAGAGGUUUUUCGUGUGGGAUGAGGCCGGCGAUGGCGGCAUCUACACAAUGGUGGAAAAGGAGCUCACUCUCAGGGCGCACAACAUGGGCACAGUGCAGUCUGUGCUGUAG